UCGAAGCGCGACUGAUUGCAAACACGGAAAUCCAGCCCGACGUGGGGUGUAGUAAUUUUGCUUUUCACGACUCUUUUAUAUUCGAAAAGCAAAUAUUAUACUCUAAAUAACAAAUAUAGUUAUCCGUUUUAAAAUCCUUUUUAUGGAUUUGCUGCAUCUUUUAUCAUGGGCGUGCAUCGUGUUUACACUUGGGAUGUUCUCGACUGGGCUGGUCGACCUCAAGAAAAUGCAAAAAUCCAAGAGCACCGACAACAUCCAAUUUCUGCCUUUUCUCACCACAUGUGCCAAUAACCUCGGAUGGUUCUACUAUGGGAUGCUGAAGCGCGACCAAACACUUAUUGUCGUCAAUCUUAUCGGCGCUUUUCUGCAGUCCAUCUACAUCCUUGUAUACUUCAAGUACACAAAACAAAAGAAAAAUGUCCUGUUCCAAGUACUUGUCAUUUCAACGGUGGUGACCAGCGCCGGGUUGUACUUUUCAUACCUCGCUCCGGGCGACCUGGUGCUAAACCAGCUCGGCCUCGUCUGCAGCAUGGCCACUGUGGGCGUGUACCUGUCCCCCCUCGUAGACCUGGUAGCCAUCGUGCAGAGCGGCAACGUACAGCGCUUGUCCUUCCCCCUGACCGUGGCCACGUUCUUCACUUCCACUUCCUGGUUCUUCUACGGCCAGCAGCUGGAUGACUACUACGUCAUGGUCCCUAACCUUCCUGGAAUUCUCACUAGCAUCAUCAGAUUUUAUUUGUUUUGGAGAUUUGCCCACGUCAGCCCCACCUAUAAGUCCAUGCUGGUAUGAUCAUAUCCAGCAAUGGACAUGUUACACAAUGAGAAAGGGCCACUGCGGGCGACGACGUCUAUGAUCCACAAAGUUGUAAGUAAAAGUAUUUAUAUUCCAAAGGUGUAUUGCAAUACUUAAGAAAUUUAAUUCAGGUCUUUUGUUAAAGGUCUCCCCUUUAAGUGCCUUGCGUUGGCUACUAGUGGAUAUCCUGGACGGACUGGGAAAAAAAAAAAAGUUAAAUAGUAAAACCGCAGAAUUUUCAAAUGGUCCCAUUUGGCGGAAAUCUAUUCAAGUGGAUUGAUUUGUUUACUGCGAUCCAAAGACUGCGUUGUUUGUAGGCUGCUAUUUUGAAGAGGGCGGACACGUGUCGAGCGUUUCCGCUUUGCUUCUGCCGGGAAAACAAUUUUUUUUUUUAAUUCUAUUUCCUCUUGUGCCUUUCCUUCUUACCAGAACAUAUCAGUGGCAGUAAUUAUGUAUUGUGUUUCUAUGACGACUGUUUACAUCGGCUAUUUUUGAAAGCUUUUUUUUAAAAAGUGUAAAAUGGACCUAAGUAUGAAUGAUGACUUUUUGUCAAUAAAUAAUGACAAAGUG